AUGUCGUCCAUUCACUCGGACAGCGUGAGUGAAGUCCACAAUGUGCCGCUUCACGUGUUGAUCAGACCCUUUCCCCCAGAGCUGGACGAGCACAAAGUCCAGAGUUUAAUGGAAACGAUAAAGAACACUCCGGAAAUCCACGUGGUUCCCCCCAUUGAUAUCCAAGCUCUGUCCGACAUCACCAUCGUCACAAGACAAGCCCCUAACGGCCCACCACCUUCCCUCGGAGACCAUGGAGGAAACCCCAAGGUCCAAAACGGCUCUACAUUUCUGCUCUGA